AGUUUAGUGUUGGUUAAGGCAAACACAGGCUAAAAUGGCAGAUUUGAAACUCCAUGGAUUUUGGUAUAGUCCUUUUACUUUCAGGGUGCUAUGGACCCUAAAGCUGAAGGGCAUACCAUUUGAGUACAUUGAGGAAGAUCGCUUCAACAAGAGUCCUCAACUUCUUCAAUACAACCCAGUGCACAAGAAAACUCCAGUGUUCGUUCAUGAUGGAAAACCCAUAUGUGAAUCCAUGAUCAUUGUUGAAUACAUUGAUGAGUUAUGGACACAGAAUCCACUAGUUCCUUCUGAUCCUCAUGUGAAAGCUGUGGCACGGUUUUGGGUUAGAUAUGUCGAGGAUAUGAUUUCUGCAGUUGCAUCACCACUCUUUCGUAGCAAUGGCAGUGCAGAGCGAGAGAAGGUUAUAAAGGAUAUAUGGGAGCGAUUCGGAGUUAUUGAGGAUCAGUGUUUGGGUGAUAAGAAAUUCCUUGGAGGAGACACUUUGAACAUUGUGGACAUAGCUUUUGGGUCUUUUGUGAAAUUUCUUGUGUUUAUGGGAGAUGUGGUUGAAGUGGAGAUCCUAGAAGCUGAGAAAUUCCCUCGUUUGCAUACAUGGUUUAACAAUUUCAUGGAUGUUCCGGUCAUCAGAGACAACACCCCUGAGCAUGAGAAAUUGGUGGCUUUGAUGAAGUCUCUAAGAGAACAAAUUUUGGCACCUUCCAGAAAAUGAUAUACAAAGCAUUACUUCAUAUCGCUUGGAGCAGCCAUCUCAUAUAUGUAUUCCCUUAUGUUAUUUUACUACCAGUCUUUGUUUGGGUUUUUCUUGAUGCUUGUCUGAAAGUAAUAAAAGUAGAGCCACUGGUGGGAUUGUAGCCAGUGGGCUAACUGACGUGGCAUUGGUAUGAUGGAGUUAUGGAUUUCAAUUUUGUUAUAAAUUUGAGUUUAUCUUAUAACAUAA